UAGCCUCGAAUCGAAGGAGAGAAAAAACGGAAUCAUUGGGCGACAAUGGGGGAUUUCAACCUUGCUCUGUUGAUCGUGGCGAUCGUGGUGUGCGUGAUCGUGUUCCUGGUGAACGUGUACCUUCUCGUGAACUACCAACAUCCUGAUGACAAGAACCAGGCAUACUUCCCCAAAUUCGUCGUCGUUUUCGGUCUCUCUGUCGCCGCAAUCUCCAUUCUCAUGCUCCCGGCAGAUGUCGCGAACCGGCAGGCGUGUCGCCACGCGAUCUACAAUGGUGCGUGCAACCUGACGCUCCCGAUGAAGACCUUGUGGCUCGUCGUUUACAUCGUCGAUGCCGUGCUUGUCUUCUUCGUUAUUCCUUUCGCAAUGUUCUACUAUGAAGGCGACCAAGACAAGAGUAUUGGCAAGAGGAUUAGGAGUGCAUUGUUGUGGAUGGUGACCACUGCUAUCGUGUGUGCUCUCAUUCUGGGAAUUUUGUAUGGGCUUGUUGGGAAGGUGGACUUUACUGUCAGGCAUCUCUCUUCUUCCACAAUGUCAUUUCCAAGCUCAUGGAGCCUAAGUAACAGUCAACAAUGCCUUGGAAAUGGUGCCCGUCAGUGUUCUGCAUAUUUGGCUAAUCCUUCAUCAGAGAAAACAUGGACCAUGCGUACUACCUUCCCUGAAUAUGUUGUUGCUCUUGCUACUAUUGUUGGUUCUGUGCUUUUUGCUAUAUUUGGUGGUGUUGGCAUUGCCUGUCUUCCAUUAGGACUUAUAUUUUCAUUUAUUCGGCGCCCAAAGGCUGUUAUCACUCGUUCACAAUAUAUCAAGGAAGCAACUGAGCUGGGCAAGAAAGCAAGAGAACUGAAGAAAGCAGCUGAGUCACUUCAUCAAGAAGAAAGAAGUGGCGCAAAGGGUAGGAAAUUUCGCAAAAAUGUGAAGUCAGUAGAAAAGGAAUUGUUUCAACUAGAAGAAGAUGUAAAGCUUCUUGAGGAGAUGUACCCACAAGGCGAGCAGGCUGAGACAACAUGGGCGCUAACAGUUCUUGGAUAUCUGGGAAAGCUUGUUUUGGGAAUUUUAGGGCUUAUUGUUUCUGUGGCAUGGGUUGCACAUAUCAUCAUCUAUCUAUUAAUCGAUCCUCCUCUAUCUUCUUUCCUGAAUGAAGUUUUCAUCAAGCUGGAUAGUAUAUGGGGUCUUCUGGGAACAGCUGCGUUUGCAUUUUUCUGCUUCUACCUUUUGCUUGCUGUUAUUGCUGGUGCAACAAUGCUAGGGCUGAGACUAGUUUUCAUUACUAUACAUCCUAUGAAAUGGGGAGCGACUCUCAUGAACUCUUUUCUGUUUAAUGUGGGCCUUAUCCUUCUCUGCUCCAUCAGUGUGAUCCAGUUCUGUGCGACAGCAUUUGCCUACUAUGCUCAAGCAACUGCAGCACAGGAAAUAUUUGGCCACACCUUGGAGUCUCUGCGUGGAAUUAAAUAUUUGUACAAGUACAACGUAUUUCAGAUCGCAUUUGUUGUGUUGGCUGGAUUGACAUUUGUGUAUUAUCUUAUCUUUGGAUGGAGAAGAAGAAAGCCUAGUGGCAGGUUCCAAUUGUCUUCAUGAGGUAAUGGUCUAAAGAGUAUGGAACAGUGUCUUCUGAAGGGAUCCCAUUGUACAAUCAUAUAUCAUUUAGAAUGGUUUUUAGUAUUCGGAUGUGUUAUGGCCUAGUUUUGUUUAUGAUGUAUCUUGAAUGCUAAUAUAGAGUUAGGCUGAAACAUAAUCCGAAUAGAAGCAUAUUCCUGCAGUGUAAUCAAUCAUUAAGAUGGGGUGCCUGUGUUGUCACUGAGGCGUCUUCAUUCUUUCUUCUCACACCUUUUGUAUGUAUUAUUCUGUUGCUUGGUUUGUGUUACCCAUUCUUCUGAUUCUGUAAUUGAAUAUCUUGUGCACACGUAUCUCCUGGGUUUUCUAGAAGACUUUGAUGUAAUUCAAAUCUUACCAAACAGAAAGUUGUACCAGUUGCCUUUUUAUGCUC